AUGGGGAUUAAAGGGUUAUGGGGAGAAGUGAAACCCGUGUGCCGAGACGCACACUUGGAGAAAUUCAGAGGGAGCCGUGUUGGAGUUGACAUGUACGUGUGGCUCCACCGCGCUGUCAGCGGAAGCGUUGAUCUCAGUACCGAAGCGAAUGUUGAAAUGCUUAGGGCACAUGUUGAAAGCCUGUCAGAUCCUUCCGUGACAGUCAGCGCGCAUCCCAUUCCCCUUAACACAAAAUUUCUCCACUGGGUGAUGAGUCAGGUCGAGCUUCUUCUGCGAUACGGUGUGAAGCCUGUGCUGGUGUUUGAUGGGAGGGAGUUGCCAAUGAAGCGUGAGGAAGAAGAGGAACGAAGACGGAACAGGAUCAAGCACCUCUCUGAGGCUCUGGAUUUGCUGCGGCGCAACUCGAGGCCGACGCCUAGCGAACGUAAGGAUAUAGCAGGGCUAGUGGAAAGGGGAAUGGACAUAACAACGGAGCUUGCACAUGCCGUGAUCAUGAUGUUACAAGAACGCCAGUUGGAGUGCAUUGUGGCGCCUUACGAGGCGGAUGCCCAGUUAGCGUAUUUGUGCCAGCAGAGGUAUGUGGACGCGGUAAUAACGGAGGACAGCGAUCUCCUUGUGUAUUGGUGUCCGCGGCUUAUCGCUAAGUUAGAUCACAAGGGAAGUUGUCAAGUUAUUGAGGUGGAAAGCGUACUUCAUUGUCCUUUGUUUAAAGGACUUUCGUAUAACUCUUUCCUCGUCGGCUGCAUUCUUAGUGGCUGUGAUUACUUACCUAAUUUGCGGCAUAUUGGCGUGAAGAAGGCAUUCGGCAUUAUGUCAGAGGCCAGGUCGGUGCCGGAUGUCAUUCGGUUAUUAGAGGAAAACUAUGGGUUUCCCAGGGAGCAACUGCGCAAAUAUGAAGCUGGUUUACAGAGAGCCAUCUACUGUUUUUUACACCACAUCGUCUUUGACCCGGUGAAACGUGCGUUGGUUACCCGAACACCUCUUCCAAACGGAGUUGCGUUCAAGCAGAGCAUUUUGGGUGAGUUAGUGGGGGACGAUCUCGCCCAAAGCAUGUGCUGCCAGUGCCUCUACGAUCCCACCACACGCUCUUUAUACAAGGGAAUUUAUCAGUAUUGUUUGGAUAAUUACCGGAAGACUUCCCGCGCUGGUCAGAGUACGUUGACGGCAUUCAACGGGUUCAAGGAGCUGCGGUCGCCGCGUAUGACCUUACGACUUGCUUCAAGCAACUCUCAGGCGUCAGCCACAUCAGUGUCGAAUACCCCGCUUACGCCACCGACGAAAACGUUUUUCUCAGCACCGCUGGAGAAAGUGCGGGAAGCCGAAGGUUACUGUGGGCCGAAGGUUGUGCGAUCCAAGUACUUUGUGAACGGGCAGUGGAAGGUGGACAACUGGGAGGAGAGCAGUUCGCAGGGCGGAGACUCAAACACCAAGAAUGGCAACGGUGACGACAGUCAAAGCCCUAGCGGCGCUGUUACCGAUGAAUGUGAUGCCGCUGGCGGUGUUCGAAGUGACGGUGGAAAAUGUUGUGUCAAGAGUGAGCCACCGACGCCACCUGACCGUGUUAGCUGUGCAACACUGAGCUGUAAAGCUUCAAGCGUUUGUCAGGUUGCAGGUGCCUCCGACUCAGCAACCGCAGAUGCGGACCGAGCAGUGGACCCAUCGCACGGUGAAUUCAGAGGGACGGAGCUUACGUGUAGCGACGUGUGCGGGUUAACAGAGGUUCCCUGCUCUAAUGUAGAAGGCAGCGCCAGUGCACUCCUUCAAGAAUGCGGCGCAGAUGCGCCCAACGACCCGGUGGGCGCUGACCGUGCCAGCGUGCAAGAUGUGAAUGAGGGCGCAGAAAUGCUUUGUCCCUUUGGCUACAUUCAAUGCAGACGGAAGCAUUCCCUGUUUGAGCAGUGCUUCGUUGGAAAGGGGUGGACAAAGAAGGCUAAUAACCCCAACGAUCAAAAUAAUGGCUCCGGUGCCCAGGUGGUCCCGCAGGGCGAUACUGAUGGUGAUGGGGGUACGUCGCCAUGGAGAACAAGAGGGAGUGCGAAGCGUAGGUGGAGUGAGAUAGAGAGUGUGCAGCCGUCGCAGUCACCACCGCUUGUGUCUUCUUCUUCUUCGUUCCUUCAUUCCAUUGCCUCAACCACUGCUUCGCCGCUUACCGUACGUGAAGCAAACGAUGCCAAAACUGGAGGUUCAUGUGGAGGGUCGGUUUCUGUGCCCUGCAGGAUGCAGUCAAACUCACCCAAAACUCUCACUGAGCAAUGUGCGAACGGGUUGGCAACUGAAGAUGCCUCUGAUGAAGGCGUCAAUGCAGACUUCAGUGCCAGCACAUCCCAAAGUAGUGUCGCUGCCGCCCCUAAGGCGGCAGCCCUCUUUGAGCUGUUAUCUUAUACGCGACGGUAG